AUGCACCCCUUCCCAGCAUCCCCAUCUCGGACACCAGUGACCCCCCCAUCCCCUCCCUCGCUCCUCGCAGGCAUCCAGAAGGGUCCCCGCUCCGACUUCGACAUGGCCUACGAGCGCGGCCGCAUCUCGGUGUCGCUGCAGGAGGACAGCACCGGCGCUUUGGCUGGCUUCUCCCGGUCCGUCUCACACGAGCCCAAGGAGCGCAAGUCGGUGACGGUGGAGGAGCAACCGUCUGGCAUCUACCACUACAACUAUUGCGAAGACGAUUCGGUAACCGGGGACUGUCCCUUCGGACCCUACCAGGGCCGCCAGACCAGCGCCAUCUUCGAGGCCGCCAAGCGGGAGCUGGUCAAGCUCAUGAAGGUGGAGGACCCUUCUCUCCUCAACAACCGUGUCUUGCUCCAUCACGCCAAAGCCGGGACGGUCAUUGCCCGUCAAGGGGACCAGGACGUGAGCCUCCACUUCGUGCUGUGGGGCUGCCUGCACGUGUACCAGCGGAUGAUCGACAAGGCGGAGGACGUCUGCCUCUUCUUGACCCAGCCCGGCGAGAUGGUGGGGCAGUUGGCCGUGCUCACCGGCGAGCCCCUCAUCUUCACCAUCAAGGCCAACCGCGACUGCACCUUCCUCAAGAUCUCCAAGUCGGACUUCUACGAGAUCAUGCGGGAGCAGCCCAGCGUGGUGCUGAGCGUCGCCCACCCCGCGGCCGCCCGACAGCGGGUGCCCACCUCAACUUGGUGAGGACCAGUUCGGCCCCGGUUUGACCUCCCACCGGUGGCGUCCCCCAGGCAGGGUGACAAGUCGGACUGCACCUACAUCGCGCUCAACGGGCGCCUCCGCUCCGUCAUCCAGAAGGGCAGCGGCAAGAAGGAGCUCAUCGGGGAGUACGGCCGCGGGGACCUCAUCGGCGUGGUGGAAGCCCUCACCCGGCAGCCCCGUGCCACCACGGUCCACGCGGUCCGGGACACGGAGCUGGCCAAGCUGCCUGAGGGCACCUUGAACAACAUCAAGCGCAGAUACCCCCAGGUUGUCACCCGCCUCAUCCACCUCCUGAGCCAGAAGAUCUUGGGAAACCUUCAGCAGCUCCGUGGCCCCUUUGCAAGCUCCAGCUUGGGAAUGGCGUCCAGCUCGGAGCCCACCAACCCCACCAGCAACCUGUCGACGGUGGCGGUGCUGCCGGUGUGUGACGACGUGCCCACGGCUGCCUUCACGCUGGAGCUCAAGCACGCGCUCAACGCCAUCGGUCCCACUCUGCUCCUCACCAGUGACAUCAUCCGCGCCCGUCUCGGCUCCUCAGCACUGGACAGCAUCCAGGAGUACCGCCUGUCGGGUUGGCUGGCGCAGCAGGAGGACAUCCACCGCAUCGUCCUGUACCAAACCGACUGUACCCUGACGCCGUGGACCGUGCGCUGCAUCCGUCAGGCCGACUGCAUCCUCAUCGUAGGGUUGGGCGACCAAGAGCCGGCGCUGGGAGAGCUGGAGCAGAUGCUGGAGAACACGGCGGUGCGUGCGCUGAAGCAGUUGGUCCUCCUACACCGCGAGGACGGUCCCAGCCCUUCCCGCACCGUCGAGUGGCUCAACAUGGGUUGCCCUGGGUGGUCCGCCGCCAUCCGCGUCACCCGCCGCCCAUUGCAUCCGCAGCGGGAGAUGUACGAGAAGGUGUUUGAGAAGAGCGCCGACCGGCACAGCGACUUCUCCCGGCUGGCGCGGGUCCUCACCGGCAACACCAUCGCCCUCGUCCUGGGG